CGCAGGCGCGGAGGGCCGAGCUGGGAGCGCCAUGGCGGCGGCGUGCGGCGGGGAGGUGGCGGCACGGCCCCCCUUGGCCUUCUCGCCUCACGACCGCCGUUUUCUCGCCGUCUCCGGCUCGGAUGGGAGGCUCCGCGUGUGGGACGCGGCGAGCAGCCGCCUACAGCACGAGUACGUGCCCUCCGCUCACCUCAGCGCCGCCUGCACCUGCCUGGCCUGGGCCCCGCCGGGGGGUCGGCCGCCCCCCGACAAGGAUGGCCCCCAGAGGAAAAAACGGAAGUCUGAAGCUACAGGAGUGGACAAGCAGUUAGACAUCCUGGCUAUUGGCACAGCAGUUGGUAGCAUUUUGUUGUACAGCACAGUAAAAGGAGAAUUACAGAGCAAGCUAGAUGGUGGUCAUGACAAUAGAAUAAAUUGUGUGAGGUGGCAUCAGGACAACUGCUGUUUGUAUAGCUGUUCAGAAGACAAACACAUUGUGGAAUGGAACACACAGACCUGCAAAGUAAAGUGCAAGUGGAAAGGUGACAACAGCAGUGUCAGCUCUUUGUGCAUCAGUCCAGAUGGAAAAAUGCUGCUGUCAGCCGGUAGAACUAUAAAACUGUGGGACCUGGAGACCAAAGAAGUCUACAGACAUUUCACAGGCCAUGCUACAUCAGUGUCAUCAUUAAUGUUUACCACAGUGAGACCUAUGAAUGAAAAUAAACCCUUUGAUGGAAUUACAGGACUUUAUUUCUUGUCUGGGGCUAUACAUGACCGGUUACUGAGCGUUUGGCAGAUCAGAUCAGAUAGGAAAGAAAAGAAUGCUGUGAUGUCUUUCACGGUAACAGAUGAACCAACGUUUAUUGACCUGACCGUGUCAGAACUCAAAGAAGAGCCUGUGAAGUUAGCAGUUGUUUGCAGAGAUGGGCAGUUGCAUUUAUUUGAACACAUCUUAAAUGGCUACUGCAAAAAACCUUUAACAUCAAACUGUACUAUCCAGAUAGCAACACCUGGAAAUGAUGGAGACUCCACGCCAAAACCAGUCCCUAUUCUAGCAGCUGCAUUUUGCACAGACAAACAGUCUCUGCUGCUUGUGUAUGGAAACACCUUACAGCCCAUCAUAGAGAAAGUGUCUUUGAACACCAACGAAUCCCACAUAUGUUUGAUAAGGGACGUCCAGAAAGUGUUGGCGCUUAAAACAGAUGAUGCUGUAACAAAGGUAAAGACACCAGUUGUGAACUCGGACACCAAAGUUCUAGUGCCUGGCAUUCCAGGGCACAGUGCAGCUGUUAAAACUCCGUCCUCAGGAAAGGAGAAAAAGAAAAGCAAAAGGAAACCAGGAGAGACAGAGGACAGCAUUGAGGAACGCCUAGGGGCGUUGGAUAUUGAUGUGAGCAAAGUAAAAACUCCAGGUGGCCUUCCACAAACAGAUAGCUUUGCAGUGCUUUUGGUUCAGGGCUUGGAAAGCAAUGAUGAAGACAUCUUGAAUAAAGUGCUUUCCACAAGAAAGGAAACUUUAAUAAAGAACACAGUAGCCAGAAUGCCUAUACACGCUGUCAUUCCACUGCUGCAUGAGCUUACAAAGAGAUUGCAAGGCAACCCAUACAGUGCCUCACAAAUGGUUCGAUGGCUGAAGUUUGUUUUUACUCUACAUGCAUCCUACCUUUCCACGUUGCCAGACCUCAUUCCUCAGCUGGGAAUGCUAUACCAGUUAAUGGAGAGCAGAGUAAAAACUCUGCAGAAGCUUUCCCGUCUACAUGGAAGGCUUUUCCUUCUUGUCACCCAGGUUGCAGCAUCGGAAGCAGUUCAGGAUGUGAUGGAGAUUAAUCGGACUGCAAAGCUGGUAUAUGAGGAUGAAUCCUCAGAGGAGGAAGGUUCAGAUGAUGAGAUGAUUGCGGAUAAAGACUCAGAUGAAAACUGGGAUGAAGAUGAAGAGAAAGAGGAGCAAUCAGAUGAACAAGACAUGACUGUUGAAAAGGAAGUUAAUGGUGAUUCUGAUUUGGAACCAGAAAACGAAAGUGAAGAAGAAUAACGGCAUAAAAGAAUAAACUUAACAGUUGAAAGAAGUGGGCCACCAGAACUUUCUAAUUCUGGAUCAUCUUGCUGAAAGAUGCCAUAUUUGCAUAUAGGGAGUGCAGACUCAUGCGCAGCCUAUGUGCAGGGGCACGUGUGGGGCACUGUGCAUUUCUGAAUCCAGAAUGUUUAACCACGCCAGCCUUCUCUUGCCCUAUUUCCCUGCGCUUACUAUAGAAACAUUUCUUCCACCUCUCAUGGUCAGAUUAUGCCUGUCAUGUGGACAUGCAUUUGUAUCUCAAGUGAAAUAAAUCUGCCACCGCUGUUUGUGUGGUAAACUUG